AUUCUAUUUGACCCAUGUGGGCUCCCGUACUGCCGAAACGGUGUUGGCUGAUGUGUCAAAAUGGCAGAGCUAACAACACUAGAGAGCCUGCUGGAGAUGGGCUUUGACAGAAACAGAGCGGAGAAGGCAGUGGCCAACACAGGGAACCAGGGGAUAGAACAAGCCAUGGACUGGUUAAUGGAACAUGAGAAUGACCCUGACAUUGAUGAGCCCUACGUGCCGCCUGUGGGAAACGUCCUGGGAGGAGAAGCACACAGCCAGUCCAGCACAGAACAGCCAACACUAGCCGACACUGCUGAAGAGACAGCAGGUGGAGACAGCAGCUUCAUAGAGAACGACCAAAGUGCAAAGCGGCCAAUGACAGAGGAGGAGAAACGUGAGCAAGUCAGAAGGCUAGAGGAGCUGAUGCGGGUGAAGCAGGCGGAGAGGAGAGAGCGCGAGCGGGCGGAGGAGGUGGAGAGGGAGAAGCAGCGGAGGAGGCAGGGCCAAGAGCUGCAGCAGAUCCGCCAAAAACUGCAGGAUGACGAUAUGAAGAAGCUAGCUGAUCAGCGCAGGAAAGAGAAGAUGGAGGACAAAUUGGCAAGACAAAGGGUUAAAGAGAAGAUAGCACGAGACAGGGAGGAGAGAGCGCAAAAGUUUGGAGGUGGAGGACCUCCGAGCACAGCUGCAUCAUACCAACCUGCCCAGCCCAGCCCCUCAUCACCCACCAGUCAGGGACCUCCACCCACUAAGAAGGAGUAUGAUGAGUCCAGGAUACAGGUGCGCCUGCUGGACGGCUCGACCAUCACGACAGUCUUCAAGGCCCAGGAGCCGCUGGCGGCGGUGCGCGUCUAUGUGCAGAUGAACGGCAACACACCCGAGGGUCAGGACUUCACGCUGCUGUCGCCUUAUCCCCGUCAUGUCUACACUGAACUGGACAUGGAGAAGCCCCUUAAAGAGCUGGGUUUGGUGCCUUCAGCUGUGCUGGUUGUUACCAAAAAGUGAGAUCAGGAGGAUCUGCUCUGUGAGCCUACCUCACCACUUCACAGCAUCACCACCAGACACCAGAAACAGACUGAUCCAGGAACAGAGACACCACCUUUUAGUAUCACUCAACAAGCCAGCUAACUGAACUAAAGCAGAGAUGGAGCUGGAGACUGUGUUCAGACAAUGUGUAAUACCUCUUAAAAUGAAGAUAUGGAUAAGUUACAAGGAAAAAUGGUUUGUUUUUUCAAGACUUAACUGAACGCAGCCCCUUAUCAUUUUGUGCUGAUUUCACUGGCUGUAGAUUGGUGUGUGCAGCGAGCUUGACAAUGACCUUUAUCGAUAGAGAACAAAGUGAAGAUAGCUGGCUUCUGACUGAUACUGCUUCAAGGAGCACUGCUCAUGGUCUCAGCAACACAUUUACAAAAACUACACAGAACAAAAUUGUUCAGUUUUAACCUGAUCCUUACAUAGCAAAGCACCACACACGACCUACUCGACUGGUUCCGAACGGGCCUUAAAUUUAAUCCCCACGAUUUUGUGACAUUCUACUUUGCCAGUUUUUUUUUAUAAGUUAAAAUAUAUUGACAGUUAUGUCUACAUAAUCACCAAGAAUCUACUUACAAUAAAGCUGACUUGGAGAAUU